CAUAAGUAAAAGUGUCGUAUAUCUAGGAUUUAGACCAGUAUAAAUACCUGGUGGAUUCGUGCAAAAAAAAUUAUUACGUAUAGAACUCCAGAUCGCAUCUCUUAAUUUAAAAAAACAUUUAAAACUAAAAAUAAUUCUGUUGUUCUCAUUGAAUAGAGAAUGUCGAGGUGUUACGUAGACAAUGAACAAAACAGAAAAUUAGGGAGAGUUGGAAAACCAAUAGGUACUGCUGUCAAUAGAGCUGGGAGCAGUACUUCAAGAUCUACUGACAUCCUGACGCCUCAAAUGGGGCAACUAGCAUUAAAUAAUGGCAGCAGCAAUGUGUACAAAGAUAACGCCUUGAAUCGAAAGCUUGGACGUGUUGGUCUGCCACUUGGAUCAAUGUCACAAUCCUCACAAGGCGCUACAGCUGCUACAUCUAAAACCAAAACCAGCAGUUCAGCCAGCUCCUCUGGGAAAGUGUAUGCAGACAAUGACUACAACAGAAAGCACAACAGAGUUGGUAAACCACUAGGUAGUGUGCCAAUACCAGCCAACACCCAAGUGUACAAGGACACACCUUUGAACCGCUCCUUGGGUAGGGUUGGAAAACCGUGGGGAACCUAUGCAAACAAGAAAGGGCCACAUGCAGAUUUGCUACAAAAGUUGAUGUAUAUGAAAGAGGGCGACGAUUUUCCCGAGGGCGUUGAGGAAAUUUAUGAAAAAAAUAAACUUGCUAAAGAUUUCAUCAACAACUACUUGGAUCUGAUAAAGAGAGAGAAAACGGUCAGAGAAUGGCUGGAGCAAAAAGGAACAGGGUGGAAGGCUCAGUCUCAUUUAUCUCUGCAAACCCUUGAAAAAUACAAGGGUAACGUCAUCCCUUUUGAGGAGUUUGAGUUAAUUUCACAGAUAGGGAGCGGGGGGUUUGGGGUAGUUCACAUGGCGGAAUGGAAAGAUGGAGAGAUCGUAGCCGUGAAGAAGCUGAACGUAGAACGAGUGUCUGAAAAGAGAAGAAAACAGUUUGAAGAUGAGAUUGCACUGUUUUGUACCUUGCAGCAUCCAAAUAUUGUUGGGUUUUUGGGAGCCUGUGUGGUGAGCCCCAAUCUGGCCAUUGUCAUGGAAUACAUGGAUUUGAGCCUUCAUGAAGCUCUGCAUAUGAAAAAAGUGGAAUUUGAUGAUAAAGAAAAACUAAGUAUAAUGAGAGAUGUAGCACAAGGCAUUGAUUAUUUACAUGAGAAGAGCAUCGCUCAUUGUGACCUGAAAACACAAAAUGUUCUUCUCAAAAAUGUUCCUGGUCAAGAAAUAACGGACCCACAAGAAAUGGUUAUUGCAAAAUUAACAGAUUUCGGUCUAAGUAUGAUGAAAAAGGAAAUGGGAUCCGGCGCUUCUGCUGGCACCGCUGUGAGUAACAUUGGAACACCAAGAUAUUCAGCACCAGAGGUUCUCCGGGGUGAAUUGUUGAAUGUGGAGCAGCUGAUGAAAGCUGAUGUUUACUCUGAAGGUCUACUCAUCUUAGAGCUGGUGGUUGAGGAAAUAGCUUUUGAAGAUUUGACCAUACAACAGCUGAGGGUCCAAGUUGGGGAGAAAAAUUUGAAGCCUGACAUUCCCAGAGGUCUGACACUAGACAAGCAACUGAAGGAGAUGUUGGAGAAAUGUUGGAGCAGCAAAGCAGAUGACAGACCAUCAUCACAUUCUGUCUGCCUGAUGGUUGAUAAUAUUAAUAACCUUAUCAUUGAGAAGUGAAUAAUGGCGAAUACAUAUUUCUGUGUAACCCCCAGUGGGUACAAUUUUUGUCAAGCUUCUAUCAUUUACUCUAUGCUAUUAAUGCCUAACAUUUCCAUAUUUAAACAAAAACACUAGUAUACUUUCAAGAAGCUCAAA